AACCCGCCCUGCCGCUCUCUCUUCCUUCCAUCUCUCCCCCGAUUCCACCCCUAAAAAAAACCUCUCACCCAAUUCCGGCACACACCCAUACGCCGCGGCGGCAUAUCCUAACCCUAGCCGUCAACGGCGGCGCGCUCCGUAACCCGUGUCCUACGAUUGACUGCUGGAGAGAAAGCUACAGGGGUCGAGUUGGAUGGCGCCUUCUACAUCCGACGGUGAGGCGAGCAGCAGCGGGACGGGCUCAAAAUCGAAGGAGAAGGAGCGGCCAAGGUCCUUUGACGAGAAGACCCGGACCGCGUGCUGGCGGAAGGCGGCGGUGCUGGCAGGGCGACACCCAGAGCGGUGGCGGCAGGACGCCGCUGGCAACGUGGUGUGUCGCCGCUUCUGGAGCUGCCACGGCUGCCUCUGCUACGAAUACGACCACAUCAUUCCCUUCUCCAAAGGAGGGGAAUCUACUGUUGAGAAUUGCCAGAUCCUUCAGACUAGGGUGAACCGUUCCAAGUCUGAUAAAGCAUGGGUGGAGAAGGCAGAGAUGCAAGGCUUUUCCUGCGAUAUCAAGUUCACAGACAAGGAGCUUGAUGUAAUCGAGAUGGCAGUCUAUGGGGAUGUCAUUCGUCCUGGCAAACAAUGUCGCUGCAAGACAGUAGCUGAGAUGCUUGGACAGGUGAAAUCAAAGAAUCAAAUGGCUGCUUGUGACUUACCAACAUAAUGAUGCCUCCUAAUAUGAAGACCAUUUUGACCUGUGCCCUUCUUUCGGGGAGGGCAGUCAUUGUCAAACUGCUGAUUACAUUAUACUAUUAUUGAUCUCCCUUAAAUUGGCAUCAUUGUCUUCAGCACAAAAGCACACCCAUUGAGCAAUCUAAGCUCAUAAGUGCAAUUAUAUUGUGCUUUGUCAGUGAUGCCUGUCAGAAACUUGGAAUGUAACAAUGCACAUGUUUGACUGUAGAAUUAUUUAACUUGAUAACACCACUUAUCAAGAGUUGUGUCAAGGUAUUGUGUUUGUAGUAA